GUUAUCAGACAGGUUUUGAGUCACGAACGCUACAAGAGCGGCUGGACUGCAUUUUUUUUGUUGGUCGCUGCCGAGAACUUUUUUUUCCUUUUUCAGAGCGAAGAGGUAGGAGGUUUUGUCCUGGCGUGAAAAAAAAUGUGUCUGAGUCGGUUUGAAGCAGAUUUCUUCACGCGCAAUUUACAUUAUGCGGCGUCUUACUGGGAGGAGCACUGCGAAAAUUUCCGGGAAACGAUUUGCAAGGUGAUGAUGACCGAGUCGGUGAUGACCAUUGCGUUCAAUUCUGCGAGAAUGACCCUUGCACUUAACAACAAGGUUAAAUGGAUAGACGCUGCUUACAAUGGUGAUGUGCUACAAGACGCUUACGACAGCCAACCUAGUGAACGAGAUUAAGAGAGACAAGAAGAUAGUUUGCGAGCUUGCCGAUGCCUAUUUUUCGUUUUUUUCGGUGUUCAAGUCAGAUUUUAGCACGAGCGACCUUGCGCCGCGAGUGGAUUCGGCGCGCGAGCCGCCGAUGGAGCUUCUGAGAGUCAGGGAGUUUUUCGAGCGUCGUCGAGACGCGCUGGCGAGACACGAGGUGUUGAUUCGGCUGACGAGGAAGUUGAUGCCUAGCUGUUACAAUUUCGAGGCGUGUGUGAGCAAUUUUUGGCCUCAGUUGAUUUUGUUUUAUUUGCGUUUUUUCGACGUGUACGACGAGGCCAUGAAGGGGAUGAGCGUGGGGGAGAGAAUGAAGAUGUUCGGGAAGGAGAAGUCGGAGGACAGGGUGCAGGAGUCGGAGGGGCGAAAUGCGGCUGAAUCGGUGUUGGGAGAGAAGUUGUUGAAGGAUUUUGGCCGUCCGGCGUUUUGGGAGAGAAGGUACCAGGCGAUUGAUCCGUCGUUUGAGCCGCACGAGUGGUACGUAGGAUGGGAGACGAUUGAGGAGUGCGUGUUGAAGAAGACCGAUUUGUCAGAGAGAAAGGAGGCGCUUCGAGUGUUGCAUCUUGGUUGUGGGAUUAGCCUGCUGGAUGAGGAGUUGUUGGAGUGCGAGAAGGUAAGAAUUGAGCGUAUUGUGAGCAUUGAUUUUGUGGAGAGUUUGAUUCGUGCUAGAGAGGGGAGGGUGCACGAUCCCAGGUUGGAGUACCGAUGCAUGAGCGUGCUUGAGUUGGGUCAGGGAUUUGAAGAGGGGUAUUUCGAUUUGGUGGUUGACAAGGGUUGUUUGGACAGUUUAUUGACGAGUUCGAGCGUGGUGGAUGACCUGUUGAUGGCUUGCAGGGAAGUGAGUCGCGUGAUGAAGCCGGGAGCCUAUUUUGUUUUGGUGUCGUGCGCUAUUCAGUACGAGUAUGCAUUGUCGCUUCAGAACAUAUUGGAGUUGGACUGGGCGGUCAAGUGCGUGUACGAUAUGCCGGCGGACACGAACGAGGAGACGAAGAUUCACGUGAUAGUGAUAAGGAAGUUUGGCAGCGAGUCGGAGAGAGCGGAGUUCGCGGGUGACAGGGGGGUGUAAGAAAGGGGGGGUUGGAUGGGGUGGAGGUUUUUUUUUUUUUAGGUAAGGGGUUAGUGGGGUGCUUGGUUUUUUUUCCUGUUUUUGAGGAUGGCUUGCAUGGUAGGAGAGAUAGAGAGGCAGUUGGUUUUGCCGUGAGACCAGUUUUCGUAGUUUAUGAAGGCGUUGUGUCCUAUUUCGAAUACUAUGAUAGAGGGCGUUA